AUGGUACCCGUAUGGUACUUUGCUCUCGUAGAACCCCGAAGCACCUACAGGCACUUGACAAACCAAAGGUGUACCCUAAACCCCAAACCCUACACACUAAACUGCCAUGUGGUAUCCUCUGCCAGGCCUGUCGUGGAGGAAGUGCCGGAAUUGCCAGAGCCUCACCACGGCAGCCGCUUCGCAGGGCUGGUUGCCCUGGGCUUCGCUUCCUUCCUGCUUGUCAGAAGACGCGCAGGCAAGUCUGACUCUUCCCCCGCGGCCGAAGCCACGGCGACCUCGGCGAAGAGGCCGAAGUCGAAGGCAGCUCCUCCCCCGCCUCCUCCCAGGGGCAAGGGCAUGCCCAAGGUGGCCCCUCGCCCCAAGGCAGCCACGGCAGACGAGGCGUUCUUGAGCCCGCGCUCUGCUGAACUUGCCCGGUUUGGCAAGAGGAUUCAUUGGGUGAAGCCCAGCUGCGAGGCUGCCAUGCUGCCACAACAACUGGAGACGCAACUGGGCAAUCCCCACUGUCGUCUUGCAGUUCCCCGCGGCGUUGAAGACCCCGUGCCAACUGAACACCCGAAGGCCUUGUUGGAGGUUGCAGAAAGAGACGAAUUUGCCAAUCUGUGGGUUAACUUCGCGAGUAAGAUGCAGGCUUCGCGGCCAGGAAUACUGCAUGGUGUGCGCGCCUCACAAGUGCUGCAUCAUCUGCCGUGGGCGUGGCUACGGCGUGAUCUGAAUUCUUUAUAUGCUCUUAGCCAGGAGACAGCCAAAUUCGACCAGUUUUGGUCCCACAGCUGGAAGGGGGCACUCUGGGCGAAGUACAUCAAUCUACUCUACCUUCAGACAUGCCUUGCAGCAAACAUUGCAGGAACGCUAAGUGCAAGUCUCGCCCUUGGGCUCGUCUCGGCCGAGUUUCUGGGAGCCAGAAGAGGGUUCUGCCUGGUUUUCGGCUUCCUGAGCUUUUGUUUCGCUCCCUGGCUCUGGCGCUCUCGGAGGAUUGUGUUUCUCGACAUCUUCUGCAUCCACCAGAAGGACCAGCAGCUUAAGGCAGAAGCCAUCAUGAGUAUGGGUGCCUUCCUGAAGCAGUCCGACUCAAUGCUAGUGCUCUGGGAUCCCAGUUGGGUGGCGAGAUUGUGGUGCGUCUUCGAAAUAGCUGCCUUCCUACAUAGCCGCGCGAAAGGCAGCAAGGCAGUUCUACAGAUUAUUCCUCCCUUACUGGGACCAGCGCUCCUAGGCGGUGAGAUAUUAUUCUGCCUGGCAUGUAUUGUGUAUGCCUACAGCGAAACCGCUCUGGCAUCGUCGGAAGAUUCGAAAUUCUCGGCGGCAAUCCAUCUUGCUUUCUUUGGAGUUCUUGGCAUUCCAUGCUCCUUCUUCGUUUCGCACUCCCUACGAGGGUAUGCCCGCAGUGUUGAGACUCUGAAAGAGCAGCUCUCUGAGUUCAAGGCUGCAGGCACAAGGAGCGCUUGUUGCGAACAAGGCCAUGAAGGUGAAGCUGUUGUUCUAUGCGAUCGUGAGAUUCUUUUCCAGUGCAUCGCCCAUUGGUAUGGUUCGGUGGACGAGUUCGAGACGCAAGUGCAAUCCGAAGUGAGGACGGCCCUCACCGAUCAGCUUGCAGACAAUGCCAUAUCUUAUCAACGCAUCUUAUUGCUUUUCACACCCUACGUCUGGCUCCGCUUUGAGUACGCAGCCACCCACGCGAACGAUCCCAUCCGGCAGAUAGUCGAACUCGCUCGGACGCUCACAUACUGGCUGGCAGUGUUCCCCUUCAUGAACAAGCUUCUUUUCCGCUUGUGCUACCGCUUUCGAGCCCAAUGUUGCAUGCUGCGCUGGGACGUUCUUCUUUCGAUGCUCAUCGUGGUUGCAACGUUCCUGUUCUACUUCAUCUGCUACAUCAUUCAAGUCUAUGUCUUUCGGCAAAACGACCAUGAACUUUUGCCAAGCGUGAUCUCAGUGGUUUCAUGGCUGUCUUUCACAGCCAUCAUGUGGCGACUCACAUGA